AUGCUGUGCAUAUCGGGUGUUGUGGUGUCUUCAGUAUCCUCGAGUUCCCGAACCUGCAACGACAUCCUUGCUCUGAUGUCUGAUAUCAUGCAUGGCUUUGCCACUUGCAGGCCCUCUAAAUCUCCCGUGACAGAUCUCAUUCGAGCGGUAUGCCUUGAUGUCGAACCAGGUAAGCAAGGAAUAGGUCUUGAAACGCAACUCUUGACCUGCGAUGGCGGAUUUGACGUCUUCGACCGAUUCGUGCACGCCCUUUGUCGACGGUUCGGGCUCUCAAUGCGGAGGCUUCUUGAUUGUUUCGAUCAGCACCCCGAGAGUGUACACCGCUUGUACUCCGCAUUAGGAUUCGGCUCCAUAUUUCGAUGGCCACAGGAGCCGGUGAAUAGUGUGACCGUGGAAUCGUAUCUCACGUCCUUCCAGCGCCAUAAGCCUGAUAUAUACUAUGGGCGUUCGGACGAAGAACUUGACUCAAACUUCGAGAAUCUAAGUUUCUUCACUACCGAGGAGGGCUAUGCCGGAUGGGGCCCUCCCGCACUGUUGAAGGACGAUAAACUCUGUAUCUUCCCCGGCUGCAGGGUUCCCCUCCUUCUGAGAAAAGUCGAUGAUCACUUCAGCCUCGUCGGGCAGGCCUGGGUUCAUGGCAUCAUGUACGGACAAUAUUACAAGGAUCUGGACGAGAUCUCACACAGGAUCCAAGAGUUCAAUCUUUUGUUAGCUGCCGGCCACUCUAAUCGCCGCCAGAUGAGUUCAUUUGACUCAUUCGUUGAGCCAUGGAGACAGAAGCUCACCAGUCAAACGCGCGCCGGCGAAUUUCCUGAGUAUCACUCCCUCAGCCAGCUUGACUCGUUGAUUUCCAGCUCAAGCCCGCAGUCGUUCGAACUGGGUACUGGCGCCUCCAUCUACACCAACUCCUUGCUGCCAGCGAUCUUGACAGCGCAGCGAGAAGUCAUCCUAGUGACCUGCUUCUGGGCGCCAUCAAGCACUUUGACUGCAUUGAAGGAGACUGUGGAUCGACUCGCCCAGCAGCGAAAACAAGUCAUACUGGAAAAUGGACCUGAUGCACUUGAAGUGCUCCGGAUACGUAUUUGCUUCUCGUCCAGAUCACUAUUUCAGCAGCUGUUCCAUACGUCCUCGAAGGAUGGUUACGCAUAUCCUCCAUCUGCCUGGCCUACCAAGCUAGGGCUUCCUGACAAAGAAACACUGGAUGCCGGUGCUAUCGAUCUCGGAGUCAAGAGCCUCUUUUUCUUGCCGUUCAGUGUGAUGCACCCCAAGUUUCUGAUCAUUGAUCGAGAACGAGCUUGGUUACCGAGCUGCAAUGUCAGCUGGGAGGCUUGGUUAGAAGGUUGCGUCGAAAUACAAGGCAAUGCGGUUGACAACCUGUUGGCAUUCUACCAGCGAGUUUGGGAGCCAAGCCUGGACAUUUCCAGACUCAUCGGUGCAAGGCAAGAUAGAGUACCAUUGUCGGUUUCUGCGGUCGGUUUGAACUCUAUCCUGAGUCCAGCUCGCCGCUUCUCACGCAUGGCCAACGAGGAAACCCCUACGAUCUUACUACCUUCAUCGCACCACCGAAAUCCUUGGGCAUUUCACCCGAUGCUGCCAUGUACGCCUCUGAAUGUGGCCACGCUGCGGCUGUUGGAGUUGGCCGAGAAGUCUGUCUAUAUUCAGACUCCUAAUCUCACCACCAGUGCUGUACUUGAUGGCAUCAUUGAAGCCUUGGAGCGAGGUGUCGACGUCACUAUUGUGACAAGCAAGAACAUGAUGCUGCUGGAGCAGAUCGUGACUGCUCUGACGACGACAGCCCUCUGUCUCCGUUCGCUCAUCCGUUGGUAUACAAGGCUCGCGAAAUCUCGAAGUCAACAAAUGGCCACCCGACAGAGCAGAAGUGCGGCGAGUUCGGAGCCCGUCAUCGACUUGGAAGCCGCGUUUCCAAAGACAGGCGCUCUAAAGGUUUCAUACUUUCAACCAAACGCCGAAAACAAGAGCAGAGGAGUGCUCGAAGAGCCGGUUCACUCUCAUCUGAAAUUAACUAUCGUUGAUUCUCGGCUUACACUAUUGGGUUCUGGCAAUAUGGACCGCGCAAGUUUCUACACAAGCCAGGAGCUGGGCAUACUGUUCCACUCUAGCGAAUUUACCAGGACCGUGAGCGUUGCCGUUGCGGAUACUUUGGUAGGCAGGACUCGGGUACUUUUCGAUUCGCACAACGCUUAG